GCAGUGGCAGCAUGACUGGCCAACAGGAGACUGCGACCUCCAAGUUUGCUUCACUCUGCAACUGGUAGAGAGGUGAUGUAAGCAGAGCCUAGCUGGACCCACUAGCAGGCUUUCAGACUGGGGUGGACAGUUAUACAUGGGAAUGAAGGGGGAGGAAAAAAACCCUCAGAUGUUUUACACAUUGGGAGAAAUCAUAGUCCAUCUGAACUAGACUGGAACUGCAAGCCAGUCCCUCCGCACCGGGAAACCUAGAACUGCAGACAGCCCUGGAGCAGCUUUGUUUAGCAGAUCCGCUCUGCUCAGCUCACACCUCUCCUUACCUCCCCGAGCUUAGAAACGUGUGCAUGGGUGUGAGAUGUUCCCCCUGUAGAAAUAUCUUCCUUCUCUGUGAGCCCCACGUUCAAAUGCCUGCUAAAGCCGCAGCAGCAUCUCACAGUCAGGGAGACAGAAGGCUGGCAGAGCUCUCCUGCAUUUGCUUUGUUUCUCUUUUCUCAUCUGGAUUUAAUUGAUGGACCAGAGCAUUGCUGAAGCCAAAAGGGGGGGAAGAUCUAGUUUCCUAACAGAAGGGAAAGGAAGUGUGUGCAUUGAGAUCUUUGCCACGAGGUGGCUAGGUUCAGGAUGGAUCCUCUCUUCCCUGCUCAUAUUUUGGAAGACCCUGAUCUGAGGAAACUGCUGAACGACUCCUCAAUGCUGAACCUGAGUUUUCCCAGUAACUGGUUUAACAACGGCACAGGGGACAGCUUCCUGCCACUGAGCAUCAAGAUCACCAUUGUGGUCGUCUACUCCAUCGUGUGCAUAGUGGGGCUGGUGGGCAACUGCUCGGUCAUGUAUGUUAUUGUCAGAUUCACCAAGAUGAAGACGGCCACCAAUAUUUACAUCUUCAAUCUCGCCCUGGCCGAUACCCUGUGUCUGAUAACCUUACCCUUCCAGGGUACAGACACGUUCCUCGGGUUCUGGCCCUUUGGAAACAUCCUCUGCAAGAUCGCCAUCUCCAUUGACUACUACAACAUGUUCACCAGCACUUUCACCCUGACUAUGAUGAGCGUGGAUCGUUACAUCGCUAUCUGUCACCCCAUCAAGGCACUGGAUAUCCGUACCCCCCACAAGGCCAAAGUGGUCAACAUCUGCAUCUGGGCCCUGGCUUCAGUCUUCGGUAUCCCAGCUAUGGUGAUGGGGUCAGCAGAGAAUGAAAAUAAUGAGAUUGAUUGUCUAAUUAAGCUCCCUAAACCUGUGGAUUACUGGGAUCCAGUAUUUGGGAUUUGUGUCUUUCUCUUCUCCUUCAUGAUCCCUGUGUUGAUCAUCACCAUUUGCUACAGCCUUAUGAUCCGGCGUCUUAAGAAUGUCCGUGUUCUCUCAGGCUCCAAGGAGAAGGAUCGGAAUCUGCGGCGCAUCACUCGAAUGGUCCUGGUGGUGGUUGCUGUCUUCAUUAUUUGUUGGACCCCCAUUCAGAUUUUCGUGCUGGUCCAGUGCCUGGGUGCAAAGGCCGAAAGCGAGCUCGAGUUAGCUAUCUCGUGCUUCUGUACUGCACUGGGAUACGCCAACAGCAGCUUAAACCCUGUCCUCUAUGCCUUCUUGGAUGAGAACUUCAAGACGUGCUUCAGAAAGUUCUGCUUCCCCACCGCCUUCAGAACAGAGCUCCAGAUGUCCAACAGGAUGUGCAGCAUCGCAAAAGAUGUGGUUUAUGCCUGCAAGAACUCAGAGGGGACUAACAAUCCAGCAUGACUAGGCAUGGAAAUUCCCAUGGUGGCUGUCAGCCAGCAGAGCCCAACGACCCCCACUUCAGAGCUAACUCAGAUAACAGCUCUUUAACAGGAGCUUUCUGACCCAGAAUGGGAGACUGGAAACCGAGGCAGCAACCUGGGGGCAGGGCAAAUAAAAGAAUUGCAAGAGCGUGCGGGAAAGUGAGCCAUUUUAACACCUUUCUUAUUACACUGUUCUCCCCAUUAAGCACUAGAUUUUAACUCAGUCACCAUUAGGUCCUAUGAGCCACUAAGGACAUGCACUUUGCAUAUGGUGGUAAAGAAUUCAGGAACUGAAGAGUCAAACUCAGACUUUGCUCCUGAGGUUUAUUUUGCCAUUGCUGCUAGAAAGCAGACAAAAUGCUAAUAACUUUUCUUGCUUGACUUAUUUCAGUGGCUCAUCAAAUAAUAUGGAUUGCCAUGUGCUUGUGUGGGAAUUUUAGGCCAGCCAUGGCUCUCUGAAAUGUGGCUUCAUUAACUCCAAAGCAGGGAACAGCAGUGAAACAAAACAAAGAUCAUUUCCAGAAUUACUUAUGACUGGGGAGUCUGUG